UGUGCACGCGAACAUGAAAUGGCUACUUCUUUUCGCGGCACUGGUCGCUGCGCAAGAGGCAACGCUGACAAACGAUGUCACGCCUCCUCUUGCAACCCAUAAACCUACGCCAGGAGCACUGCCGACAUUCGAGAUUGAUGUGAUAUACCCGCGAGAAAACACGACAUACAACUCCACAGAAUACCUUCCGAUCGUUAUUGCUUUUCAGAAUUUCAACGCUGCCAUCACUGGCCUGCCUGAUGUCCGCUUCUUAUGGAACAUUAUGCCCUGGGGUACGGUAGAUGAGCCUAUUCCAGCUGGCGGUUCGAAUGACUUGAGAUAUUAUUGGUCCAACACAUCGAGCGACCGGAGCAAUACAACGUACGGAAACGUCGAGAAGCACUUUAAGAUGUCCGAUUUUAGCAACUUCCCAAACUCGGAUGGAACGCCAUAUAUCUUGAUCGAGUCCUCGAAGAUGUCCGAUUGGCCUUCUGCGCCCGCGCCCCAUUCCGGGGGACUUUACGCGCUACAGUGGUUUAUACACUAG